AUGAAAUCGCUGCACCUUCAAAGCCUCAUGCUUGUGGCGGUCAUCGGCACGUGUGUCGGCAGGCUGCGCAUCAAGGGUCGGUUGCAAUGCGGAAGAGAAAGAGAAAAGCACGCCCCCAUUAAACUGUACGGCCAAAGUGAGUUUGACGCGUCCAAGUGCCAACAGAUGAUCGCCGAGACGCAGACGAAACACAACGGAGUUUACGACCUCGUUGUGUCCAACGUGACCUUCUCGCAGUACUCCAACUACUUUCUCACCGUCAAUUACAGCUGUGAUGCGAAGAGCUCCGGAAGAAUGCUGUGGAUCCUGUUUCUGCCGAAAGAUCUGCCAGACCACAAGCUGUUUUUCGUUGGAGCCUGGAAUUUGCGGGUCAGACCCGGGCCUCUGACGUUGAACCCUGACAUCGUGUCUGAAUGCAGUGAGGGCGACGUUCAUCCGGUACCGAAAACGAAAGAGACGACGGAUAAGAAUAAUACGAAGGGCGCGAAGGGCACCAAGGAGACUAAAGAGUCACCGAAGAAGGUCGGCAAAAGAGAAGGGCCGAAAUCCAAAAAGGAAAGCAGUAAAAACAGUAACGACACCUCUGCCGAUGAUUAUGUUCAGAAGACGUAA